AUGGCCGACAAGACUUCAUCCGAAAUCGUACCCGGUGCACCAUGGGUGCUUAUUGCCGUGAUGGGUGUCACUGGUGCCGGAAAGAGCACAUUCAUUCAGACCGCAUCACAAUCACCUGAAGUGGUAGUGGGACACAGCCUCGAAUCAUGCACAAGUGAGAUGAGAGGUUAUACCUUACACUACAAAGGGUACAACAUUAAUCUGAUCGACACGCCGGGCUUCAACGAUACAAACAAAAGCGAGACUGAGGUCUUACGGGAUAUAGCAGAGUGGCUGCGAGGAUCAUACGAAUGCCAACAGAAGCUGCACGGUGUGAUAUACCUCCAUAGUAUUAACAAUCCUCGCAUGGAAGGCUCAGCACUCCGCAACCUCCGGAUGUUCCGACAGCUAUGCGGCGAGGAGCCUCUCAAGAAUGUCAUUCUGGGUACUACUUUCUGGGGAAGAGUUAACGAACAGACUGGUACAGACCGAGAAGCAGAGCUCCGCGAAAGACCGGAAUUCUGGGGACAGAUGAUCCAACGAGGUUCUCGUAUGAUGCGCGUGACCGAUCGCGCUUCCACGCUUAGAAUUGUGGAGCAUUUCAUACCACUGAAACCAGUUCCGUUGGAAAUUCAGCUGGAGCUUGUUGACCAAGCCAAACCGCUGAUCGAAACAGCAGCUGGUAAAUCCGUCAACGAGGAACUUCUUCGAUUGGAGGAGAUGCACAAAGAAGAGCUGAGGAAAAUCCGGGAAGAGUAUACGAGUGCGCUUGAAGAGAUGGAUAAGGAUUUACAAGAGACUUUGGCGCAGCACGAACGAAAGCAUGAUGCUGACCUUGAUCGGGUCUAUCGACAACAGGAGCAGUUGAGAGCGGAACGUCGGGCAGAUCAUCGCAAAUGGCAGAAUGAUCUUGAGAUGCUACCCAAGAGAGUUAGGGAGUCGAGUUCGGGUGGCAGCGAUACUGAUGAGUGUCAUAAGCCCUCGGAGCUGCAGGAUAUGAGUUUUGAUGAGUUGGUUGGAAAGAUUCGAGCGAACGAAAUCAAAAUCAAGGCCGAGGACAGAGAUAAAGUUGAGAGCAUUAUUUUGAAAGUUCAGAAAAAGUCUGAUUUGAGCAGCUUGUUCAAGAGUAAGAUGAAAGGUACAUCUGGGAUUUUGCUUGCUGCGUUGCAAUUGCUUAUCCCGGUGGCUAGCUUGUUGCUUCUUGGUGUCCCUGUUGCCUUGCCUUCAACUGGUAACUGA